AUGGCUGAAGUAAUCGCACUCAAAUGUUUGAAAUUUGCCAUCACACCUAUAAUGAAGCUCCUCUUCGGCAUAGUAGUAGGCAAACUUCGCACUUAUGGCGCUGAGAAACUCCAAGAUGGAGGUCUUGCCGACCAGAAAUUUAGAGAUUGGAUUGUUCGUGAAGGGGAUGACAUCAACUUUAAACUUGACGCUAAUGCUCGGAAAGAUCUACUCGUGAGUAUUAGCUGUCUAGGAAAAGGUUACGAUCGUCUGCAGUUGCAAGACACAACGAACGCUGGGGCAAGUUCAACCGAGACGACGACAGCUCAAAAGUCUGUAACUUUGGAUGACGCACUUGCACUUGCCAAUGCCGUCGAAAAACUAAACAUUGAAUCAAAUGAACUAUUUGAGUCAGCUAAAGAAUCGUUCAAAGAGGCAGGUAUGAAAGCAAGCGAAGCAUUUCAUAACGCUUCUUUGAGCACAGAAGAUAGAGUUCUUGCUAGUAAAGUGCGAAUAGCGAGUGCAAUUCUUGAACAAUUAGAUGACCCAGACGUCGCGGCCAGUGAUUGUUUGCGGUAUCUUCGAGAACUACAUGCCAUGCCAGCCAUUCAACAAAUAUUUUUAGUGCACCUUCAAGGAGGAAUGAAAUCCUUUUUCAAGAAAGAGACACGAGCCAAUAUUGUGGAGACUAUAACGAUGAUUAAUUUGAUCUUGGCUGAUUUUAUCUCGAAGUUUACACAACGCAGAAUGGCUGUUUUUGACUGGCCAAUGAUAGAAUGUGGCACCCGAGUUGUCCAUCCAAUUCAUUACGACCAGGAAAUUGCAAGUAAAAUGAAAAACAUAGAAAUAACACCACCCUGGGAUAUUGUACAACAUCAUCCGCUUAAUACGACAGAGUCGGCGGAUUUUGCUGUGAACAGCAAAGGAGAUAUCAUAGGUACUUUUAGAAGUAAAAAUCCUGGAAAACUCGAAAAAGCAACUGGGACGUGGCAACGGUUUUCUCGUUCUCCGUUGGCCUUGGGUGCCCAUGUUGUUGAUGUAGCUAUCGAUGAUACCGAUACGGUGUACAUUUUGUCGUUUUCCAGUAUACCUAUGUUAUCAGGCUACAGUUCAGAUGGAAGAAUCACCAAGCACUAUUCCUCGGAAGUGUUCGGCAAUAUUCGCAUUCCGUAUACAAGGGAAGUGCUUCGACGCUUUACUGUGACAAAAGACAAAAGGAUUGUAUUUUAUAGUGAAGGCCGUGGGAACAAUGUCACUGUAUAUUUAUGCGACAGCAAUUGCAAACUAAUGAAAAGCUUUCCCGUACGUUUACAGUCUGGAUAUAAGAGUAUAGUUGCUGAAUUUGUUUCUAGCGAUGAGUCUGCCAAUAACGAAAUAAUACUCGCAACUGAAGAUACUCUUCGCGAAGCAGACGGCAAUCUUCUGCAUCCACGUAUGCUUCAUGUGUAUACCCAAGACGGAAUGCUACAAAGGACUGUUACAUUACAGCAGCGAUCACAUUGGCAGAUUAUCAGCAGAACUUUCAACCAUAUCACUAAGAAUUACAUUGUUUGCAGUGAAGACUAUGGCAGUAACAUAGUAUGCAUGGAAUGUUUUUCGGAAACUGGUGAACUUCGAAAUUUACUCUUCUUGGAUAUGGAGUACGCAACUG